GCGGUACCUCUUUGUGGCCCUUCUCUUCUUGGUGCUUGUCUGGUCUUCAGGGACCUCAUCCAGCAGCAAAACCGAGGCUAGGACUGCUAGGCAAAGACACAGCUUCUCAUUUUAAGAAUUUCGUUAGGCUUCACUGUGCCAACUCAGCUUGCUACCGGCAGUAAUUUCCAGAGACAGGCACUGUUUCCCUCUGGGCGUCGACUGGCCACCAAGCAGAGCAUCCAUCCUUUCAUUGGCAGCUGAGGUUUUCCAGUCUAGCUAGCUAGCGUUAGCCGAGAGGUAGGGGGCAGCUGUGUCAGAGGGAUCUCCAAAAUGUCCGGUUACCAAGGCAAGAAGAACAUCCCACGAAUUACAAGUGACCGUCUCCUCAUCAAAGGAGCAAAGAUCGUGAACGAUGAUCAGUCGUUCUUGGCUGAUAUCUACAUGGAGGAUGGAGUCAUCAAGCAAAUCGGAGACAACCUCAUUGUUCCCGGUGGAGUUAAGAUCAUAGAGGCUCAUGGACGAAUGGUGAUGCCAGGGGGCAUAGAUGUGCACACCCGAUUCCAGAUGCCCGACCGAGGCAUGGUGGCAGCAGAUGACUUCUAUCAGGGCACCCGGGCGGCCCUGGCUGGGGGGACGACCAUGAUCAUUGACCAUGUGGUGCCGGAGCCUGGCGUCAGCCUGGUAGCUGCUUUCAAACAGUGGAGAGAGUGGGCUGAUAAUAAGUCCUGUUGUGACUAUUCUCUGCACGUGGACAUCACUGAGUGGAACAAAGGCACUCAGGAGGAGAUGGAGACGCUAGUGAAAGAUCACGGUGUCAACUCUUUCCUGGUGUAUUUGGCUUAUAAGGAUGUUUUCCAACUUUCUGACUGUCAGAUCUAUGAGGUGUUCAGUGUCAUCAGAGAUCUCGGAGCCAUUGCACAGGUGCAUGCUGAGAAUGGAGACAUCAUUGCAGAGGAGCAGCGACGUAUUCUAGAGCUGGGGAUCACUGGCCCCGAAGGUCACGUGCUUAGCCGUCCAGAGGAGGUGGAGGCUGAGGCAGUAAACCGCUCUGUCACCAUAGCCAAUCAGACCAACUGUCCCCUCUACAUCACCAAGGUGAUGAGCAAGAGUGCCGCUGAUGUCAUUGCUCUUGCUAGGAAAAGGGGCGCUGUGGUUUAUGGAGAGCCCAUAUCUGCCAGCUUGGGCACAGAUGGUACCCAUUACUGGAGUAAGAACUGGGCAAAGGCAGCAGCCUUUGUCACCUCUCCACCGCUCAGCCCUGAUCCCACCACCCCUGACUACCUCAACUCUCUGUUGUCAUGUGGGGACCUGCAGGUGACUGGUAGUGCUCACUGCACUUUCCAGACUUCUCAGCGUGCAGUAGGCAAAGAUAACUUCACCCUAAUUCCAGAGGGCACCAACGGCACUGAGGAGAGGAUGUCCCUAAUCUGGGACAAAUGUGUGGUGACUGGAAAGAUGGAUGAAAACCAGUUUGUGUCAGUGACCAGCACAAACGCAGCCAAAGUCUUCAACCUGUUCCCCCGCAAGGGCCGUAUCGCUGUGGGGUCUGACGCUGACCUCGUGUUGUGGGACCCAGAUAUCACUAAGAUCAUCUCAGCUAAGAGCCACAAUCUGGCCGUGGAGUAUAACAUCUUCGAGGGGACAGAAGUGCGUGGAGGUCCUCUGGUGGUGAUCAGCCAGGGAAAGAUUGUGUUGGAGGAAGGCAGCCUUCACACCACGGAGGGCUGUGGACGCUACAUCAGCCGUAAACCCUUCCCAGACCAUGUGUACAAGAGGAUAAAGGCUCGCAGCAGGCUCACAGAGCUGCGAGGAGUCCCCAGAGGCCAGUAUGAUGGGCCGGUGUGUGAGGUGACCGUGACUCCCAAGGUGAUUUCCACAGUUUCCUCUGUGAAGACUUCGCCUGCCAAGCAGCAGCAGCAACAGCAGUUUACUCCACAGCCGGUACGCAACCUUCACCAGUCCGGCUUCAGUCUGUCCGGUGCCCAAAUUGAUGACAACGUUCCUCGUCGCACUACUCAACGCAUUGUGGCUCCCCCUGGUGGAAAAGCCAACAUCACCAGCCUGGGCUAAGCUACUCUUCCACCUGAGCCGGGAUGCAGGGCAACACGGGAGCAGAGGCCACUCUUACCAAUGUCACAUCACAUCUCUUAUCUCAUCACCUCUGACUCCUCUCCUGCACUCUACUCCAUCCAUUGUUGCUCACACACUACCACCACGUCACCUCAUGCAAAAAAAGAAGAAAGCACUAUUCCAUUUAGUUUCAUCUUUCCUGCCAUAUUCCAGUAUCGAGGAAGGAUCAAGUGAAUUGAAGCAGCUCUUUUGCUGUUUUAUUUUACGUCCAGUUUCAUUAUUGAUCAAAUUCAUUUGUUUACAUUUUUUUUGUAUAAUUUUCGCUCUACAUGUUUGAGUUGUUUAGUUGCGGAAAGUUGACAGAAAACUAGUCUAAAGAAGCAGUCAUGUGCAAGCAUUUUAGCGACAGCAGUUUACAAUUUUUCUUCCCAUGCUGUUCAUUUUGCUGAUAAUAGAAUGUUUCUGUGGUCCUGUUCGACGACCGCCUUUAGUUUGAAAGUAAAGCCACGAUUGCCCAUUUUACACAGUAACAAUGUUGUUUUGCUAUUACAUUGCUGAUAGAAAAAUCUCUCAUCGUGACAUAUUAGACCGGACAACAUUGUCUCAUAACUCCUUUUAAUUUUACUUGAAGUUUGCAGUAUUUCAUUUCUCUUUAGAGCCUGUAUUCAGCUGAACAAUUCACCUAUGUCUUCCUUUUGUGGUAUAGUUGCACCUUUGUUUUUUUUUUUUUUUUUAACGAUGUUUUAUGCUUCAUCGGUCAUUUCGGAAAGCGCUGACUGCACUGAAAGGAUAAAAAAAGGGUAUUUUAGGGUAAAACCACUCAUUCAACUUCACCCUGAAACUUGGGGGAAGAAACUUUCCCCCCCCACAUUUCAUCGUGUUUUUUUCCUCAUGUUUGUUGAAAGGUUGUCAGGGCAACAAGCUUCCAAUAAUCAGACCAUGAUGCGUUAUUAAAGAGGCGGGCACUACGAAGAAGCUCGAUGGGAGGUUUGCCGACAGCCUCUCUUCACCUGGUGCUAUAUGACCGUUGCUGUGCAUGUGAUCCACACAGCUUUGUAAUAACAGCAGCCAGGGUAGAGUCACCGUUAGCCCAGUUGUCGACCCAGUUUGUUUUGCACCUGUAACAAUCCAAAAUGGUAAAACUUGUAUGUGAGCUUGCAACUUUUUCUUUGUACUGGAUAUGUCAGUAUGUUUUAGGAUAUGUGUUGAAUUGAUCUACUUGCCUGCCUGUUCUGUAAGAUAUUGAUAGCACACUGUAUCUAUGAAGGCUCUUUUAAAAGAAGGGAAGCGAGGAUUUUUGAGACCUGAUGAAAAAUGCUUCUGUAUGUAUAUGAAACCCCAACACAGUGUGCUGAUGAUGUGUCCACUGUUCUCGGUGUUAGUGUUGUGAAUGAAUUACCAGAUAUAUCGUUUUUUUCUUGCCGUACCCCCUCUAUCUGCCCAACAUUGUCGACACCAAAUUAACUCGGGGUAGUAACUGUAUUUCACCAGAUCACCACAGGUUGUCAGUGGCGCAGCACUGCGCAGCCGCACUGGAUUAUUUCUUCCUCAUUGCCUUGUCAAGUGUAGGUUUUGUAUGCCGAGCUAUAAUGUGAAGUGAUUUACAUUUGGGGAACUUUCUUGGUAAUGGUUAUUGAGUUGUAACGUUGAGCACUAUUGUUUGCCCUCUUCCACCUAAUGUGAUACUCUUGCUCAUGUAUGUUUUGUAGGAUAAAAGAGUUUUGGGGGGAAUUCAUUGGUCCUGUCAGCAUUUGACCCUAUCUGUGUUGACUUAAGUGGAUUAAAAUAAUAAAACAUACAA